AUCCAAAGUCGAGGUUAAUGCAAGAAAGUAGUAAAGAAUUGUGGAUUAAUUCUUAUUAAUAUUGUUCUAAAAGAACUUCUCCUUCAACACUCCCAUUAUCUCUUUCCUCUUCAUAUCUUUAUACAGCGCCAUUACUCCUGUAAUUCACUCAGAAUUUUCGAUCUUUUUCGUUCGAUUUUUCUCUCACGGGUAAUCUACAAUUAUCUGUAUUUGGUUUCUGGGCAACAACCUCAACGAUAUACGGGCAAUUUGGUGGUCGAUUAACCAGCUAACCCUAAUUCAAAGUUGGAGUGAUUCUAGAUCCAACAAUUAUGUUUACAUCAUCAAUUAAGGCAUGAAUAUUACAGCCGUAGUUAGUAUGUCUUGGUAUCAUGAUUUUAGGCUUUGAGAAUACAAUCGCCAUGACACGUGAAAUCGAAUAAAUGCAAGUUUUGAACUAUGAUACGUUGAAGGGGUUUCGAAGCAGAACUUUCCUUGUCAUCAUAAACUGAUUGCUGAGGAACUUAGGUUGGUAAUGGGGGCUUUUAUGUCAAGAUUUUGGUUUAUGUUAUUCCCAGCUAAGGAAUAUAAGAUAGUGAUCGUUGGUCUUGAUAAUGCUGGAAAGACAACCACCCUUUAUAAAUUGCAUUUAGGAGAUGUGGUUUCAACACACCCUACGGUGGGUAGCAAUGUUGAAGAGCUUGUCUACAAAAAUAUUCGAUUCGAGGUUUGGGAUCUAGGUGGGCAGGAUAGACUGAGGACAUCAUGGACCACAUAUUAUCGAGGAACACAUGCUGUCAUUGUUGUUAUAGAUAGCACGGAUAGGGCCAGGAUUUCAAUUAUGAAAGAUGAGCUCUUCAGAUUGCUUCCUAACGAGGAUCUACAACAAGCUGUUGUGCUGGUCUUUGCCAAUAAACAGGAUCUGAAGGAUGCUAUGACUCCUGCAGAGAUUACGGAUGCUCUAUCCCUCCACAGCAUAAAGAAUCACGAUUGGCAUAUCCAAGCUUGUUCUGCCCUUACCGGUGAUGGGUUGUAUGAUGGAUUGGGAUGGAUUGCCCAGCGGGUUGCUGGGAAAGCUACAAGCUAGUUUAAACUCAGAUGUACUGUUGUUUGUUGACCCCCUUUUUUUUUCCUUAAUUAUUAUACAGGUGCUCUUCUACAGUUUGAUCUUUGUAAUAAUUUACAUUUGGAAGAUAAGUUGCUUAUGGAAUUUCUCUGAAUUGUUUGUUUCUUUGUUUCCCCCCCUAUUUGUAUGAGAAUUCUCGUGUAAUGGACUUGAUUGAUGAUUUUAUUUUAGGGAGUGCGGGGUUGAAUAUUGAAUACUCCGUAGUA